AUGGAAGCGUCAGUAGCGAAUUUGCCAGACUUGGCUAGUGCUGCUCUUGGAGGUCAAGUACUCUUUUGUACAGAUGAUUUCUUUGCUGUUGGAGAGAAUAUGAUAUUGUCUUCUGAGCCUAAAUGGGACCAGAACUUGUAUACUGCUCAUGGUAAAUGGAUGGAUGGAUGGGAAACUCGAAGAAAACGUAUGGCUGGUCAUGACUGGUGCAUCAUUCAACUCGGAAUAUCCGGAAUCAUCAAGGGUGUUGAAGCAGACACUGCCUUCUUCACUGGAAACCAAGCUCCCAAAAUAUCCAUUCAAGCUGCCUGUCUUGAAACAGAUGCCGUGAAACUGCCACGACGACGAUCGGAAAUGGGGACUGCAGCUACUCCUUCAGAAAUCGCUGCUGCGGAAGCUCUACACUCUGAAAAGUGGGAAGAGAUUCUUUCGAUCGUGGACUUGAAGCCUGGGUACCCUGAAACUCGAAAAAACACCUUUGCCAUCGAUAGCAACAAACGAUGGACUCACAUUCGAUUGAAUUUAUAUCCUGAUGGUGGUGUUGCUCGUUUGCGUGUACAUGGACAAGUCGCUCGAGACUGGUCCAAAGUAUCAAAGACCGAAACCAUCGAUUUGAUUGCUGUAGCGAAUGGGGGUGAAGGUGUUGCAUGCAGUAACCAACAUUACGGCAAACCAUCAAAUCUCAACCUACCAUCACGAUCAGCAGGCAUGUUCGACGGAUGGGAAACUGCUCGUGAUCCAAGUAGACCUGGAGUCUUCAAAGUCGGACCUGACGGCUAUCUCAUCUCUCCCAACUAUGAAUGGGCAGUCAUGAAACUGGGUCAUGUAGGAAACGUGCAUCAAGUUCAGGUUGACACUGAGCACUUCAAAGGCAACUUUCCUGAAUCCUGUCAUGUCCAGGGAACUGACUUUACAGGAGACGUCGCAGCCUUCCAAGAAUCAACUGCAAAGACAUCAUCUCGAAAACGUAAACAUGAUGAACCUGUAUGGUUUGACUUGGUACCAAGAUCACGAUUGUCUGCAAACCUUUUACAUAUCUUUGAUGCGCAAAACAUGAAUAAGAAGGUCACAUAUGUUAGAAUUACCAUAUUCCCUGAUGGUGGAGUGAGUAGACUGCGAGUCAUGGGAAACAUAGCAUAG